AAAAUAGUCGGGGGCUUACAAAAUGGUUGCAGUUUGGACUAACACUUCUCUGUAGGGGCAGUCACUGAGCUGUAACAUUGUCCCCUGCCUGGAGGAUGCCAAGAACCUGCCCUGAAUCACGUUGAGGAAACAAGAAAAGGCGAGGCAUUAUCCUCAUGCUGGAAGGGGUCGGGGAGGAGACUAAGAAAUUUCUAGAAGUUUCUGAAAAUUCCUGGAAGAACCCAGCAGCUUGUAGUAGAGAAGGCUACAAGCCCAACAGGAACUGCACCUGUUGUUGGAGGAACCCAAGAAGAUUAAAGCCUCGUUUUCCUCCUUUCUUGAUUUCUAGUGUCUCCCAAGAGUUGCGUUGGGUGAAUCCAACAGGUGGGGCAGAGGAUAAUAGAGUCAGUGGGUGCAGCCAUAGAUGUUGGCGCUUCUCAUCGACCUAACCCCCGUUCGCGAGGCCCACUUGGGUGGAAAGAGGGCCUCCGUGGAGGCGCCACCGGAGUGUAUCCAGACCCCCUUGCUCUGCGACCUGAACAGGCCACUCUUGCACCCGGCUCCCUAGGUCCAAUUGCAGCGCCGGCGCGCCGGCCGGGCUCAGCCCUAGCAACCCACGCCCGGUUGCCAUGGAGACGUCGGCACCUGCGCAGCCCAAGACCCCCGAGCGGCGGUGCGGGAGCCAGUGCGCAGGCGCGCGCUGCGACGCCAACCUCGGCUUCUCGCAGCUAACGGCAUCGAGGCUGGACGCCGCGUGACCCGGCUGGGCCGGAGUGGGGGCGGACGGCGCCUUCUUGGCUGGGCCGGAGCGGGGGCGGACCGCGCCUUCUUGGCCCUUUCUACCUCUAGCAGCGGCGCCGGGGUAGCCGCAGCCAGCGACUGGGAAACGGCUGCAUUCCGCUGCGUCUCCUUGGCCUGGCUGGGCGGUCGGAAGCUGGUCUGCCAAGAUUACUGUUUGGAGACCCCUGCAGCCCACGUCCACCUGAUAGACUAUUUACUACACGUAGUAGGGUCAGAGCCGCUAAAUGUCCAAGACCAUGGCGAUGAACCUUCUGGAGGAUUGGUGCAGGGGAAUGGAAGUGGACAUCCACAGGUCCUUAUUGGUCACAGGCAUCCCAGAAGACUGUGGGCAGGCAGAAAUUGAGGAGACCUUGAAUGGGAUCCUCUCCCCACUGGGCCCGUACCGCGUGCUCAACAAGAUUUUUGUGAGGGAAGAGAAUGUUAAAGCUGCCCUCAUUGAGGUUGGUGAAGGUGUGAAUCUGAGCACCAUCCCCCGUGAAUUCCCAGGAAGGGGUGGUGUCUGGAGAGUGGUCUGUAGAGACCCUACCCAGGAUGCUGAGUUUUUAAAAAAUCUGAAUGAAUUCCUGGAUGCCGAGGGGCGCACCUGGGAGGAUGUGGUCCGCUUGCUCCAGCUCAACCACCCCACCCUGUCCCAGAACCAGCAUCAGCCCCCAGAGAACUGGGCAGAAGCUCUGGGGGUGCUUCUGGGAGCGGUGGUGCAGAUCAUCUUCUGCAUGGAUGCCGAGAUCCGCAGCCGGGAGGAAGCCAGGGCCCAGGAGGCUGCUGAAUUCGAGGAGAUGGCAGCCUGGGCUUUAGCAGCAGGGAGGAAGGUGAAGAAAGAACCGGGGCUUGCAGCAGAGGUGGGUUCUGCCUUAAAGGCAGAGACCCCCAACAACUGGAAUGCCACGGAAGACCAGCAUGACCCUACCAAACCUUUGGUUCGCAGGGCUGGAGCUAAGUCUCGCUCCAGGAGAAAGAAGCAGAAGAAGAACUCCAGGCAGGAAGCAGUGCCCUGGAAAAAACCCAAAGGCAUCAACUCCAACAGCACAGCUAACUUGGAGGAUACUGAGGUGGGUGAUGCUGAAAGCAUGGCGAUCUCAGAGCCGAUCAAGGGCAGCAGAAAGCCCUGUGUGAAGCAGGAGGAGCUGGCUUUGAAGAAGCCCAUGGCGAAAUGUGCCUGGAAGGGUCCCAGAGAGCCACCUCAGGAUGCCCGGGCAGAAGCCCGGGCAGAGAGCCCAGGAGGCGCCUCUGAGUCAGACCAAGAUGGUGGCCAUGAAAGCCCGCCAAAGAAGAAGGCCAUGGCCUGGGUCUCUGCCAAGAACCCCGCUCCCAUGAGGAAGAAGAAGAAGGUGAGCUUGGGCCCUGUCUCUUACGUCUUGGUUGACUCAGAAGAUGGCAGGAAGAAGCCGGUGAUGCCAAAGAAAGGGCCAGGCUCAAGAAGGGAGGCAUCAGUUCAGAAGGCCCCUCGGGGCCAGCAGCCUGCCGAGGCAACAGCCUCAACCUCUAGGGGUCCGAAGGCCAAGCCAGAAGGCUCUCCUCGGCGUGCCACCAAUGGUGAGAAUGACAGCAGAAGUGACUGGGCUCGUGCCAGCAAGUGGAUGAGGCAGGAGGAGCAGGAGUGGCAGGUGGGGCAGAGGAGCCCGAGGAGGUGGUGGGUCAAGCGGGUGAUGAGGAGGACCCUGGUGCAUGGCAGGAGGUGGAUGACACACCAGUUGAGGAGGAAUCCAGAAAGGUUUGAUCUGGGGGACCACCCAUACUGAGGAGUUGAAAGAACAAGGAAGAAGUUCCAAGUCAACCAAGUUUUCUCUUGUCACUGAAUAAGACUUUGGACUCUCUUAGGGCCCCUGUUGAUAGAGAUCUGGCUCUGAGGUAAAUGAUAGGUGAGGUCUUGGGUGGGAGGGAGUUGGGGAAGGGAGGUGGAUCUCUAUGCCCUUUUCUCUACCAGGCCUGCCGUUUCACCGCCUUCUCUACUCACCUUCUCUUCGGAGGCAGGAGAGUUGGUAAGAGGAUUGGGAAAAUUCUAGAACAUUCAUUCCCCUUUAUGCAUGAGCAGGGUCACUGUUACACUCAUCCAUGUUCAGCUUUUCUCCCCCACGCCUUGCUCCCUCCUCGGAAUGGUCAGCGACCUCUGCAGGCCCUGGCGUUUGGAAGAGCUGGGUGGCCCUGCCAUAUUCUCCCUCCCGCCUUCCUCUUGUGUAAUCAGCGGGGUAAGUUAAGCCAGGACCUUCACUGCAAACCUGGUUUCAUUGCUCCUUCAGUCUCCAGCUUCCAUCCUCCAGUUAUCUAGCCAGGAGGUCCCAAGAGUUAGUUUUAGGGAAAAAGAAUGUCUGCCUAGACCUCAAAGUCUUUGAGUUUUAGAGUCUGUUAGUAAAAAUGGCACUUUGAUUCCCAUUUGGGAUGAGCCCUCUCAGGAAUCCUGUGGGGAAGGGGGGUGAUUAUAGGGAAGGACGCAGGCAUUCCUAGGUCCCCAGCUCUAAUUCCAUCCAUCUACUCUACCCAACUGUCACCAUCUUUGCACCAAACUGUCACCAUCUUUGCAGCAGAAGGUCAGUACUCACAUUAUAGUAAGAGGGGAAAAAAAUCUUUUAAAACUUGGCUGUUGGCCGGGCACGGUGGCUCACGCCUGUAAUCCCAGCACUUUGGGAGGCAGAGGCAGGUGGAUUACGAGGUCAGGAGUUUAAGACCAGCUUGACCAACAUGGUGAAACCCCAUCUCUACAAAAAUUAGCUGGGCGUGGUGGCGCGCGCCUGUAAUCCCAGCUACUCAGGAGGCUGAGGCAGAUGAAUUGCUUGAAUCCAGGAGGCAGAGGUUCCAAUGAGCCGAGAUUGUGCCAUGGCACUCCAGUCUGGGCAGCAGAGUGAGACUCUCUCUCAAAAAAAAAAAACCCAAAACUUGGCUGUUAAUGUCUGCCCUCUGAAUUCAGACACACUAUAUUAGACCAGACCACCAUGUGUCAUUGUGUGUGUGUGUGUGUGUGUGUGUUUGCGUGCGCAUGUGGAGAGGAGAGAGCAGGGUCCCUGAGAUAAUGGUUUCCAAACUGUAUCGUAGCCGUCCACAAAGAUGUAAUCCGAAUCUAUUUUUCUCACGUGUUUAAAAAACUGAAAAGUGACUACUCAGAAAUGUUGGAAGUCACAUCGAAGACUAUCAGAAUAUUACCUUGUGUUCAUAGGUUAACUUGUUUUUGUACACGUCUUGAGUUAGUUAUUUCAGGCAUCUCUUUCCUUAAAAUUGAGUUUCUUGUAAAUGUGACUGAUGAGCGAGGUUAGAAGUGGAAGAAAUUCCUGUGCAUGUUCUAUAAUCUGACACCCUGAAAGCAAGUUUCCUUUCGUCAUUCACAUGCUCUUGUUCUGCCGUGACUGUUCAGUUGUAUGGUAGUAAGUAAAUGUAUUAACAUGGUGAACAGUAGUAAUAUUCUAUCAUAGAGUAUUAGCCCUUGCAAGUUUUCAGGGCGUCUUUUCCGACUUCAGUUUUUGUGGUAAAGAAUGUGAACAGUUGUUAGAUGUUCUCAGUGAUUCAACUUUAAAACAAAUUUCUCGUGAUGAUUCAUUUCAAAAUCCUGAGUGAGUCUGACUGAAAAAUACGAGAGAAAAGAGAGUGGUUUCCGUUUGCAGCUACACAGCUGUGUGCAUCGACGUUCUCCUGGGGUGUGUGACAAGCGAAACCCAGGGGUGAAUUGGAUUCUUGAAGAGACCAAAGCCUGCAACUGUCCAGCUUCUAAUUUCAAAACGGGUCCAUUAGGGCUUCGUUGUGUUAACAAGUUGACACCAUGACUAGUAAAUGUAAACGUGUAUGUAUAAAAUAAAGUUUAGCAAAUGAA